GUAUCUUUUGUUGCAGGUCACCGGGAGAGCCGAGCGAGGAUGAGACGGGCCUGCUGAUUGGUGUUCCCGGCAGCUGCGCCUGUGCUGAUUGGCCGAGAGGGCGUCGGCUCCUCGGGAUAGUUCUGACCGAGCCCCGCUAAAGACUCGGCUCCACGACUCGUCUCCGGCUCAUUAUCUGCUCGCUCGUGAGUGAGACGAGACUUGUCCUGCUCUCGUGUUUACGUGUGAGUGAAACGAGUGAACUGAAACGGAUAAAAAGCAAAAAAAUACGUGAUCGAAGCGUGAGUGAGUGAGUUGGCGACGCGGCGUGGAAAAUAGUCGUCGGAAAAGACUGUGUGGUACCUGCGUCCCCUCUCGGUUUUAGGCUCACGGGACGCACGCUCAGUUAGUGUAAACCUGACUCCCCUCGCGAGCGGACGUGAAUCGAUGGUGGUCUGUGACGUUUGGGAAAUCGCUUGAAUUAUGGUGUCGGAAAGCAAGUCCGGCCAUCAGCUGGAGGUGUGUCGGGGCGUUUAGUAGUAGGCAAUGUGCACCCGCGUGAGAGAUAUAGACCGGCGGCCUCCCCGUAGUGCCAUGAUGCGGAAUUCAGUGUUUUUGUCGUCGUUCGUGCUCCUGGUGGUGACCCUUGUGGGUGCCACGGACGGGGAGACGGCCAAGGAGGAGUCGCGCUGUGAGGAAAUCACCAUCCCGAUGUGCCGCGACAUCGGCUACAACAACACGUCGAUGCCGAACCAGUUCAACCACGACUCGCAGGACGAGGCCGGCCUCGAGGUGCACCAGUUCUGGCCGCUGGUCGAGAUCAUGUGCUCGCCCGACCUCAAGUUCUUCCUGUGCUCCGUGUACGCGCCCAUAUGUAUCGACGACUACGACAAGCCUCUGCCAGCGUGCAGGAGCGUGUGCGAGCGGGCCAAGGCGGGCUGUGCUCCCAUCAUGCACCAGUACGGCUUUGCAUGGCCCGAGAGGAUGGAUUGCUCGAAGCUUCCAGAGUACGGAGACACCGUCCACCUGUGCAUGGACAAGCGCAACGGCUCGGCGCCCGAGGAGAAGCCGCCCAAGAAUUUCGGCAACCUGGACAAGAAGUGCCGCGGGAAGAACUCCAAGUACUGCCCCAAGUGCCAGUGCUCGUGUCCCUUCGUGAACCUAGAUCCCUCCUACCGGCAGUACGGGCGCUAUCCUAACGAGUCCUUCAAGGUGGGCCGCGUGCCUGACUGCGCGCUCCCGUGCCACGCCGUGUACUUCGACCAGGACGAGCGCACCUUCGCCCAGUACUGGAUCGCCAUCUGGGCCAUCCUGUGCUGCGUGUCCACCCUCACCACCAUCACCACCUUCCUGAUCGACAUGGACCGCUUCAAGUACCCCGAGCGGCCCAUCAUCUUCCUGAGCGGCUGCUACUUCAUGGUGUCCAUGGGCUACAUCAUCCGCCUGGUGGCCGGCCACGCCGAGGUCGCCUGCGACGGCAAGAUGAUCGUCUACAACUACCACCUGGUGCGCCACAACCCGUACGGCUCGGGCCUCUGCACCACCGUGUUCCUGCUCGUCUACUUCUUCGGGAUGGCGUCGAGCAUCUGGUGGGUGGUGCUGUCGUUCACGUGGUUCCUGGCGGCGGGGCUCAAGUGGGGCAACGAGGCCAUCGCCAGCUACUCCACCUGGUUCCACCUGGCGGCCUGGCUCAUCCCCACCAUCCAGAGCAUCGCCGUGCUGGUGAUGGCGGCCGUGGACGGCGACUCCGUGGCCGGCAUCUGCUACGUGGGCAACCAGGACAUCAACAACCUGCGAGGCUUCGUGCUGGCCCCGCUCUUCAUCUACCUCGUGGUGGGCUCGGCCUUCCUGCUGGCCGGCUUCGUCAGCCUCUUCAGGAUCCGCAACGUGAUCAAGCAGCAGGGCCGCACCAAGACGGAGAAGCUGGAGAAGCUCAUGAUCCGCAUCGGCGUGUUCAGCGUGCUCUACACGGUGCCGGCGACCAUCGUCAUCGGCUGCUACUUCUACGAGCAGCUGUACGUGGACGAGUGGCAGGACGGGCUGGUGUGCCCCUGCAGCCCGCACAAGGGGCGCAAGCCGGACUUCUCGGUGCUCAUGCUGCGCUACUUCAUGACGCUCGUGGUCGGCAUCACGGCCGGCUUCUGGAUCUGGUCCGGCAAGACGCUCGACUCCUGGAGCCGCUUCUACCACCGCCUGUGUCCCGGGCCGCACGGCCACACCUACGAGUACCCGACCCGGCCCAUCAAGCAGGCGGCCGCCCCUUCGUGUGCGUCCUUCCCGCCGCCCAUGAGCGCCCAGGGCACCGCCCACAGCGUGGCGUCUCACCUGGGCUCGGUGAACAAGACUCUGCCCCUGUCACACGUAUGACAGGAGGGGGAGGAGGGGGGUUAUUUGGCGGGUCCCCAGAGUGCCAUGGGGGGCUGCCCCUCGAGCGUGGUGGGCGGCGCGCCCUCCACGGUCCACAGUGUCACGACGCCGCACGUAUACGUCGACCCCGGGGACGAGAUCAUGCCCUAUGACCUCUGAGGGGCCCCUCGCCGCGUCUCCAUGACCAGUGACCGCCGCCAGGCACGCCAGGCAGCCCGCGCGUUGUGACAGAUAAACAUACAUGCAACCAGUGUGAAGUGUUUUUUAAUCUCUCUCUCUCUUCUGAACGGGCGCGUGGGCUCGACCCCCUCCCCCUCCCUCCCUCCUUCCGCGCCUCCAGCCUGCUCCUCCAGGCGGCAGGAGGCGUGGGUGCGCCCCGCCGCGGGCCAGAGGCAUUCCGCAGGGGAGCCAGCGAGUGUCCGGAAAGUUAACUGUGAUGAAUGGUAUCCAGAAUUAUCAUUGUGUGUAACGUGUAGGUACUUUGUUUUCAUAUCAGUAGACACAGAUCACUGACAUUGUGCCAUCAGACAGUAUGAGUUCUGAUCAUCAGUAUUUUGGUUGGCAGUAUUUUAUUAAUGUUAUCCAGACAGUGCUCAGUAUUGCACAAAAUAACCAAAAUGCCAAAAAAUUGUUUCAGUGUUCAAAUGGUAGCAGACAGGUCAGUGGGAUUUAACUGCUAAAAGGUGCAAUCAAAAUAUGUAUUAUAUUGAUGUAAUCAUGUUGACUUAUUUAAUGUAAAAAUGUAUAUUUGUGUAAAAAGCCUUCAAACAUUUUUAGAUUGUAAAUAUCAUAGGUUUUAAAACGAUUAUGUCUAUAUGUGCUAUAAAUGUGUUUUUAUAUGUAUUGGCUUUAAGUCGCUCUUUGCAUAUCAGUAUGAAUUAAACCUAUGCUGUGACAUGCC